AUGUGUCAAUCGUCCAACUCUGAAAUUCCUCUCGAGCCCAUCAACCAUGGCGACCAACCUCCCCUGUACGAUGUGAUCGCCUUUCCAUCCUUCAACCCAGUCGCAGUCGAUCACUCGAUCCCAGGCGGUUGGGAAUGCACUUGGCAGGAUAAAUUUGGCACCAAAACGCUAUCUCCAUCACUAUCUAGUAGCCCGAAUGCCCUGUAUCAGUUUAUUUCCUCUCAACUUAAGAUACCACCACGGCAGUAUGUCCAUAUCAAAGGAAUACAAAGCAAGCUCAGAGACUCUGUAACGGAGAUUGAUUUCGAUUUCAGACUCGACUUGACAUCAACACUGGUACGCCUUGAUGAGAAUGCAAAUCCUUGGUACGAACGGCAUGUUGUUUGCGAUGGAGAUGAUAAAGAGGUUUUCCGUGGUGGGUGCUGUAAGUCUCUUGAAUGGAGCCAGCCUCUACGUCAACAUAAUCGGUAUGAAGCUAUAGAUAUAGAGGAAAAUGAGAAUCGGGAGGAUCACACAAUCCUAGACAUGAAUCUGGACAGCUCGGACGAAGUGGAUUCUAAUCUGAUGACCUGGUGCGAAAGAUACUGUCAAGACCCCGCUAAAGCGAAAUCGUUUACCUUCACUCGAUCGCUUGAAGGAUUUGAUACCGGGCCCCUGGUCACAGAGCUGAGUUCGUAUCUGCGCUCAAUUAAUUACCGCGGCCAAGUUGAAAUUACAACAUCGACGCAUAAUAACUUCAUCACUAUCUAUUCUCCGCAUUGGAUAAACUACCUGCGCAAUAAUUCCUUCGUUUGGUGGCUUUGCUUCUUCUCACAACUUUGGAUCAUCACACAGAUCGUGAUCACCUUCUCUAAGAGCCACUACGAGGUUGUGCACUCGGUCUGGAGGUCUUCUUCAGAGGUGAAAGAUACAUCCAUGCCGUCUGGUUUUAGAAAGGUUUACGCCCGUGGUCGCGAUGAGACGAAGCUGGCAGAUUUCUGGGCUCCCGCUGUCAUACAGGCGGCUAGCGACCAGCUGAACGGGGGUCAAACCUUAACAGAGGAAAGUAUACAGCGUCUUCAACGGCGGGCACAGGAGCGUUUAGAAAACAUCAAGUCAUUUCUACCCGAACGCAGUUUAAAAGGGGAUUCUACAGCUGAGGUGUGCAAUGCAAUAUACGUUUUGAUAUCCCCGAUAUCACUCCUGUGCAUCUUCCCGAUGUCUAUAGUCACUUCCCCUGCCCCUCUGACGUUGACACCUCCUCGCUUCCUUCGAUAA